AUGGGAAUGGCCGGUUUCACGAUAGCACUGAUGAUGAUAGGGGUGAUAAUCUCUCCUUGUGUAUAUGGAAAAGAGUUCUCCGAUCACCAGGAAAUCGAAGUAGAAAAACUUUUGAAACUGCUCAACAAGCCUGCUCGUAAAUCCAUUAAGAGUGAAGAUGGAGAUAUAAUAGAUUGUGUCCCAAUACAUAGUCAACCAGCUUUUGAUCAUCCUCUACUUAAAAACCACACCAUCCAGAUGAGACCGAGCUUUAUACCGGAAAGUACGUCUAUGUACAUCAAGACAAAUCCUACUCAGGUGUGGCACAAGAAUGGAAGAUGCCCAGAAAAUACAGUUCCGAUAAGAAGAACGAAGAAAGAAGAUAUCUUACGCUCAAAAUCCAAUGAGAGUUUUGGGAAAAAGACGACCUCAAGCGUCCCCGAAGAUAAUCUAAGUAACAACCACGAGUACGCGAUUAUGAACUCCAGGCGAGGAAAGUAUUUCGGGACAAAAUUUCUAGUGAAUGUCUGGAAGCCAGAAGUUCAAGUUCGCAGCAACGAGUUCAGCUUGGCUCAGACUUGGCUCGCGUCUGGAGAUGGCGCUAAUAUUAACACAAUUGAAGCUGGUUUGCAGGUUUAUCCAGACAUAUAUGGUGAUAAUAAUACAAGAUUAUUUGUUUUCUGGACGGUAACCGAUGCCUAUAAAAAUGGGUGCUACAACACCAAAUGCCCAGGUUUCGUUCAAACGAGCAGUCUUAUCACUGUAGGUGGAGCAUACAAUACCGUCUCACAAUACGACGGAGUUCAAUACGAGCUCUCUGUACUUAUAUGGAAGAGCGGCGAAAACUGGUGGCUAAGGGUUGGUGAAGAGCUUGUCGGCUACUGGCCUGGCGCGUUGUUUACUUCGCUAGGAGAUGGAGCUACGAGAUCUGUGGAUGUGGUUGGAGCGGUUGUACGUCCAAAGGCUUGGCCAGCAUUCCGGUACCAGGGAUCGGAGUUGAGGAAAGCUUUGGCUGGUUUUAUUGAAGGGAUUGUGGCUGAUGUUUCUUCUCGGGUAAACAGGCAUAUCCCAAUGGCUGCCGGAGUUAUUUGA